AUGGCGGCCUCCAGGAUGGCCUCACGGUCUCCUCGGGACAUUGCCAACGUGAUGCAAAGACUGCAAGAUGAGCAAGAGAUAGUACAAAAACGUACUUUCACAAAAUGGAUCAACUCUCAUCUGUCCAAGCGGAAACCCCCACUGGUGAUAGAUGAUCUUUUUGAAGACAUGAAAGAUGGUGUUAAGCUGCUUGCUCUUCUGGAGGUCCUGUCUGGGCAGAAACUGCCAUGUGAACAAGGACGCCGUAUGAAGCGAAUCCACGCUGUAGCUAAUAUUGGCACAGCACUCAAGUUCCUUGAAGGAAGGAAGAUUAAAUUAGUCAACAUUAACUCCACUGAUAUAGCUGAUGGCCGACCUUCAAUAGUUCUUGGAUUGGUGUGGACCAUUAUUCUGUAUUUCCAGAUUGAGGAGUUGACCAGCAACCUGCCACAGCUGCAGUCUUUGUCAGGCAGCACAUCCUCUGUGGACAGCAUGGUUAGCGCUGAGACCGCCAGCCCCCCAAGUAAACGGAAAGUGGCCACCAAGCUCCAAGGAAAUGCUAAGAAGGCUUUAUUAAAGUGGGUUCAGUACACAGUAGCCAAGCAGACGGGAAUAGAAGUAAAAGACUUUGGGCGGAGCUGGAGAAGUGGAGUCGCCUUCCAUUCCAUCAUCCAUGCCAUUCGACCAGAACUAGUGGACUUGGAGAGAGUGAAAGGGAGACCUAACCGGGAAAACCUGGAGGAGGCUUUCACUAUUGCUGAAACAGAACUAGGAAUCCCAAGACUACUGGAUCCUGAAGAUGUUGAUGUGGAUAAACCAGAUGAGAAGUCUGUUAUGACUUAUGUAGCCCAGUUUCUGAACCAUUACCCUGACAUCCACAAUACAGGCACUGAUGGGCAAGAGAAUGACAGAGAAGACAGGCUAAUUUUGAAGGAAACAAAAGUUUGGAUAGAACAAUUUGAAAGAGAUUUGACAAGGGCACAGAUGACAGAAUCAAAUUUGCAAGAUAAAUAUCAGUCAUUCAAGCACUUCAGAGUUCAAUAUGAAAUAAAAAGGAAACAGAUUGAACAUUUAAUACAACCGGUACAUAGAAACGGUAAACUGUCACUUGACCAAGCGUUGGUAAAACAAUCCUGGGACAGAGUGUCCUCCAGGCUCUUUGAUUGGCAUAUACAGCUUGAUAAAUCUCUCCCUGCACCUCUGGGCACCAUAGGUGCCUGGUUAUACAGAGCAGAGGUGGCCCUGAGAGAGGAAAUUACCAUUCAGCAGGUCCAUGAGGAAACGGCCAACACAAUACAACGGAAACGUGAGCAACACAAGGAUCUGCUUCAAAACACAGAUGCCCACAAAAGAGCAUUCCAUGAAAUCUACCGGACCAGGUCUGUUAACGGGAUCCCAGUGCCACCUGAUCAAUUAGAGGACAUGGCCGAGAGGUUUCAUUUUGUUUCCUCCACAUCAGAGCUACACUUAAUGAAAAUGGAAUUUCUAGAAUUAAAGUACCGUCUGCUCUCACUGCUGGUUCUUGCAGAGUCAAAGCUGAAAUCUUGGAUCAUCAAGUAUGGGAGGAGAGAGUCAGUGGAGAUGCUUCUGCAAAACUACAUUUCUUUUAUAGAAAAUACCAAGUUCUUUGAACAGUAUGAAGUGACAUACCAAAUCUUGAAACAGACAGCAGAGAUGUACAUCCAAGCUGACGGUUCAGUGGAAGAAGCCGAGAAUGUGAUGAAAUUCAUGAACGAAACCACUGCCCAGUGGAGGAACCUCUCAGUAGAAGUUAGGAGCGUGCGGAGCAUGCUGGAAGAAGUAAUCGCUAACUGGGAUCGAUAUGGCAAUACUGUGGCCAGUCUUCAGGCCUGGUUAGAGGAUGCAGAGAAAAUGCUAAAUCAGUCAGAGCAUGCCAAAAAGGAUUUUUUCCGAAAUUUGCCUCACUGGAUACAGCAGCACGCUGCCAUGAAUGAUGCGGGCAAUUUUCUAAUUGAAACAUGUGAUGAGAUGGUUUCCCGAGAUCUUAAACAGCAAUUACUAUUGCUCAAUGGGCGAUGGAGGGAGUUGUUCAUGGAAGUCAAGCAAUAUGCUCGGGCUGAUGAAAUGGACAGAAUGAAGAAGGAGUACACAGACUGUGUUACUGUCCUGUCUGAUUUUGCAAAUGAAGCCCAUAAGAAACUUUCUGAACCCUUAGAAGUCUCUUUUCUUAAUGUCAAGUUAUUAAUUCAAGACUUGGAGGACAUUGAGCAGAGGGUACCUGUAAUGGAUGCUCAAUACAAGAUGAUUACAAAGACUGCACACCUCAUUACCAAAGAGAGCUCCCAAGAAGAAGCUAAUGAAAUGUUUGCAACCAUGUCUAGGCUCAAAGAACAGCUGACCAAGGUCAAAGAAUGUCACUCACCACUCCUUUAUGAGUCUCGACAGCUGUUGAUACCAUUGGAAGAAUUAGAAAAGCAGAUGACACUCUUUUAUGACUCACUUGGGAAAAUCAAUGAAAUUUUAACAGUUCUUGAGCAUGUGGCACAAUCUAGUGCUCUUUUUAAACAGAAACAACAGGAACUGUCAGCUUGUCAAGAAAGCUGUAAGAAAACCAUGACACAAAUUGAGAAAGGCAGUCAAAAUGUUCAAAAAUUCGUGACCUUGAGCAGUUUGUUAAAGCAUUUUGAUCAGACAAAGCUGCACAGACAGAUUGCAGAUGUCCAUGGUGCUUUCCAGAAUAUGGUGAAGAAAAUUGGAGACUGGAAGAAACAUGUGGAAACCAAUAGUCGCUUGAUGAAAAAAUUUGAGGAGUCUCGAGCAGAGUUAGAGAAGGUGCUGCGGAUUGCUCAGGAGGGCCUGGAGGAAAAGGGAAACCCAGAAGACCUCCUGAAGAGACAUACCGAGUUUUUCAGUCAGCUGGAUCAGAGAGUGCUCAAUGCUUUCCUGAAAGCUUGCGACGAGCUCACCGACAUUCUCCCUGAGCAGGAACAGCAGGGCCUGCAGGAAGCCGUUAGAAAGCUCCAUAAACAGUGGAAGGAUCUUCAAGGAGAAGCCCCAUAUCAUUUGCUUCAUCUGAAGAUUGAUGUGGAGAAGAAUAGAUUCUUAGCUUCUGUAGAAGAAUGCAGAACUGAGCUGGAUCGAGAGACCAAGCUGGUGCCCCAGGAAGGCAGUGAAAAGAUCAUUAAAGAGCACAGGAUUUUCUUCAGUGACAAGGGUCCUCAUCAUCUUUGUGAGAAAAGGUUACAGCUUAUUGAAGAACUGUGUCUGAAACUCCCAGUCCGGGACCCAGUAAGGAACACACCUGAAACCUGUCACGCGACUCUCAAAGAGCUCAGAGCUACCAUUGAUACCACCUACAUGAAGCUUGUGGAAGACCCAGACAAGUGGAAGGACUACACUAGCAGAAUUUCUGAGUUCUCAUCUUGGAUAUCUGCAAAGGAGACACAGUUGAGAGGGUUUAAGAGUGAACCCUUCGAUACUGCCAACCAUGGAGAGAUUAAAUGUGCUGUAGAGGAGAUCAGAAAUGGUGUUACCACAAAAGGCGAGACGCUCAACUGGCUGAAAUCCAGGCUUAAAAUUUUAAUUGAAGUUUCUUCUGAGAAUGAAGCCCGAAAGCAAGGAGAUGAACUGGCAAAAUUAUCUAGUUCUUUCAAGGCUCUUGUAGCUUUGUUAUCAGAGGUUGAAAAGAUGUUAAGCAACUUCAGGGACUGUGUCCAGUACAAAGAAAUAGUGAAAAGUUCCCUUGAAGAGUUAAUUUCUGGCUCUAAAGAAGUCCAGGAGCAGGCUGAGAAGAUCCUGGACACUGAAAAUUUGUUUGAAGCACAGCAGUUACUUCUUCAUCACCAGCAAAAGACAAAGAGGAUUUCGGCAAGGAAGAGAGAUGUGCAGCAAAAUAUAGCGCAGGCUCAGCAGGGCGAAGGUGGGCUGCCCGGCCAAGUCCGGGAGGAGCUGCGGAAGCUGGAGAGCACCCUGGACAGCAUGGAGCACAGCAGAGAGAAGCAGGAACGCCGCAUCCAGGUCACAUUAAGAAAGUGGGAGCGAUUUGAAACAAACAAAGAGACAGUGGUCAGAUACCUUUUUCAAACAGGUUCCAGUCAUGAGCGCUUCUUGAGUUUUAGCAGUUUGGAAAGUUUGUCUUCAGAAUUGGAACAGACAAAGGAGUUUUCUAAACGAACAGAAGGUAUUGCAGUCCAGGCUGAAAAUCUUGUGAAGGAAGCUUCUGAGAUACCACUUGGUCCCAAGAAUAAGCAGCUGCUUCAGCAGCAGGCCAAGUCAAUCAAAGAGCAAGUCAAAAAAUUAGAAGACACACUUGAAGAAGAUAUUAAAACCAUGGAAAUGGUGAAAAACAAGUGGGAUCAUUUUGGCAAUAAUUUUGAGACCCUGUCCAUCUGGAUAACUGAGAAAGAAAAAGAACUCAAUGCCUUGGAAACUUCGUCAUCUGCCAUGGACAUGCAAAUCCACCAGAUUAAGGUCGCAAUUCAGGAAAUAGAAAGCAAGAUCAGCAGCAUUACAGAAUUAGAAGAAGAAGCUCAGUCUUUCGCUCAGUUUGUCACCACUGGAGAAUCUGCUCGAAUCAAAGCCAAGCUGACACAAAUAAGAAGGUACUGGGAAGAACUCAGAGAGCAUGCACAGUGUUUGGAAGGAAAAAUCCUGGGACAUUUAUCUCAGCAGCAAAAGUUUGAAGAGACUCUUAGAAAGAUCCAGAAGUCUGUGUCUGAGUUUGAGGAUAAACUUGCUGAUCCAAUUAAAAUAUGUUCUUCAGCCACAGAAACAUACAAAGUUCUCCAAGAACAUAUGGAUCUCUGCCAGGCCCUGGAGGUGCUGCGCAGUGCGGUGGCCACCACCUCAGCCAGUGCCCAGAAGGUCGCCAACAGAAGCUCCUCCAUUCAGGAGGCAUCAGCCCUGCAGGUGAGGUACAAGGAGACACAGACUCGGGCCAAGGAGAGGCAGACUGUGCUGGAGAACCUGCUGGCCCACUGGCAGAGGCUAGAGAAAGAAUUAUCAACCUUUUUAACCUGGUUAGAGCGGUGUGAAGCAAUAGCCAGUUCCCCAGAAAUGGACAUUUCUGCAGACAGAGUCAAAGUGGAGAGUGAACUUCAAUCAAUACAGGCACUGCAAAAUGAAGUUGUAUCCCAGGCCUCAAUCUAUAGCAACCUUUUGCAAUUGAAGGAAUCACUAUUCUCAGUGGCCUCCAAAGAUGAUGUGAAAAUGAUGAAAGUACAUUUGGAGCACUUGGAUGAGAGAUGGAGAGAUUUGCCACAGAUAAUUAGCAAAAGGAUUACUUUUCUUCAGUCUGUGGUCGCUGAACACCAGCAAUUUGAUGAACUGCUGCUUUCCUUUUCUGUCUGGAUUAAGCUGUUUCUCAGUGAAUUACAAACUACUUCUGAAAUAAGCAUAACAGACCAUCAAGCAGCAUUUACUCGGCACAAGGACCACGCAGCAGAAGUAGAGAGCAAAAAGGAAGAACUACAGAGUCUACAGGACCACCUAGUGAAGCUGGGUGCUCUGGGUCAAGCUGAGAGCCUCCACCUCCUCCAGGGCAAGGCAGAGGACUGUUUCCAGCUGUUGGAGGAGGCCAGCCAGGUCGUGGAAAGGCGGCAGCUUGCCCUGUCCCAGUUGGCUGAAUUCCUACAGAGCCACGCCUCGCUAUCAGGGGUUCUCAACCGGCUGAGGCACACAGUGGAAGCAACUGACAGUAUGAAUAGGAAACAGACUGAUUUAUUAGAAAAGGACCUAAAUCAUGCAAUUCAAGACGCUAAAACAUUGGAAUCUGCAGCCAUCAGUCUUGACAGCCUUCUCGCCAAAGCUCAAUACCAUCUUAAAAGUGGAAGUUCUGAGCAAAGGACUUCCUGCAGAACGACAGCUGAUCACCUCUGUUCUGAAUUAGAGAGAAUCCAGAACCUUCUGGGUACAAAGCAGAGUGAGGCAGAUGCCCUGGCAGUAUUGAAGAAAGCAUUCCAAGACCAGAAAGAGGAGUUGCUGAAAAGCAUUGAGGACAUCGAAGAAAGGACAGACAAAGAGAGACUGAAGGAGCUGACCCGCCAAGCUCUUCAGCAGAGGUUGAGAGUCUUUAAUCAGCUGGAAGACGAAUUGAAUUCUCAUGAACACGAACUAUGUUGGUUGAAAGACAAAGCUAAACAAAUUGCUCAGAAAGAUGUAGCCUUUGCAUCUGAAGUCGAUAGGGAGGUAAACCGCUUAGAGGUUACCUGGGAUGAUACCAAAAGACUAAUUCAUGAAAACCAGGGUCAAUGCUGUGGACUUAUUGACUUAAUGAGGGAAUAUCAGAACUUCAAGUUGGCUGUAUCUAAAGUCCUAGAAAAUGCCAGCAAUGUGAUUGCAACAAGAACUACUAUAAAAGAUCAGGAGGAUCUUAAAUGGGCUUUAUCCAAGCAUGAAACUGUCAAGAAUGAAAUGUGUAAUAAACAGAAAGAAUUGGAUAACUUUACCAGUAAUGGAAAACAAUUGUUAUCUGAGCUGAAAAAAAUUCACAGUAGUGAUUUCAUCUUGGUGAAAACAGACAUGGAGAGCACUGUGGAUAGAUGGCUGGAUAUAUCAGAGAAAAUUGAGGAAAACAUGGAUAGGCUGAGGAUAAGCCUGACCAUUUGGGCUGAUGUACUUUCAAGUAAAGAUGAGAUCGAUGGAUGGUCCAAUAGUUCUGUUCCACAGUUGACCGAAAGCAUCAGCAACCUGAAUAACAGCCUCAGAGCAGAAGAAUUCCUUAAAGAGUUUGAGUCUGAAGUUAAAAACAAAGCCUUGAGAUUGGAAGAACUUCAUUGCAAAGUUAAUGAUCUUAAAGAAUUAACUAAAAAUCCAGAAACACCACCAGACCUUCAGUUUAUAGAAGCAGACCUAAGGCAGAAACUGGAGCAUGCCAAAGAAAUUACUGAAGAAGCAAAAGGAACCUUGAAAGAUUUCACUGCUCAGAGUACACAGGUGGAGAAAUUUAUUAGUGACAUAACGAGCUGGCUGACAAAAGUAGAAGAAUCAUUGAAGAAUUGUGCCCAGACUGAGACAUGGGAAGGGCUGAAAAAAGUAAAGGAAAUGCAAAAGGAACUUCAAAGUCAGCAAAGCAACAUCAGCUCCACCCAAGAAAAUCUCAACAGUCUGUGCCGCAAGUACCAUUCUGUUGAGUUGGAGGGCCUGGGCAGUGCUCUGACGGGGCUCAUAAAGAACCACGAAGCUGUGACCCAGCUGUGCUCCAAAACACAGGCCAGCCUUCAGGAUUCUCUGGAGAAGCACUUCAAUGAGUCUAUGCAGGAAUUCCAAGAGUGGUUUUCUGGGAUAAAGGCGGCAGCAAAAGAAUCAUCUGAUCGAACUGGCGACAGCAAAGUUCUAGAGGCAAAGCUCCAUGAUCUUCAGAACAUUCUGGACUCCAUCAGUGAUGGGCAGAGCAAGCUUGAUGCUGUGACUCAAGAAGGACAAACUUUAUAUGCACAUGUGUCUAAACAAAUUGUCAGCAGCAUUCAGGAACAAAUUACAAAGGCUAAUGAAGAAUUUCAAGCAUUUCUGAAACAAUGCCUUAAAGAUAAGCAGGCUCUUCAAGACUGUGCUUUAGAACUUGGAAGCUUUGAGGAUCAGCAUAGAAAACUGAACUUAUGGAUCCAUGAAAUGGAUGAAAGGUUAAGUACAGAAAACUUAGGAGAGAGUAAGCAGCACAUUCCUGAGAAGAAGAAUGAAGUCCAUAAAGUUGAAAUGUUUCUAGGAGAACUAUUGGCUGCAAGAGAAUCUCUGGAUAAGCUUUCCCAGAGAGGGCAGCUUCUCAGUGAAGAAGGCCACGGUGCUGGGAAAGAAGGACGCCUGUGCUCCCAGCUCCUCACGAACUACCAGAACUUACUCAGAAUGACCAAAGAGAGACUGCGGAGCUGCCAGGUGGCCCUGCAGGAGCAUGAGGCCUUGGAGGAAGCCCUGCAGAGCAUGUGGUCCUGGGUGAAAGGCAUUCAAGACAGACUGACCGCUGCAGAGAGCACCGUUGGAAGCAAAGACACCUUGGAAAAGCGGCUGUUACAAAUACAGGAUAUUCUCCUGAUGAAAGGUGAAGGAGAAGUUAAGUUGAAUAUGGCCAUUGGCAAAGGGGAACAGGCCUUGAGAAGUAGCAACAAACAAGGUCAGAAGGUGAUUCAGACUCAGCUACAGACCCUUAAAGACGUGUGGGCUGACAUCAUGAGCUCCUCUGUCCGUGCUCAGAGCACUUUGGAGUCUGUGAUUAGCGAAUGGAAUGACUAUCUAGAGUGGAAAAACCAGUUGGAGCAGUGGAUGGAAUCAGCGGAUCAAAAAGUAGAGCAUCCCUUGCAACUGCAGCCGGGUCUGAAGGAGAAGUUUUCCCUUCUGGACCACUUCCAGUCCAUCUUAUCUGAGGCAGAAGAUCAUGCCAGAGCCCUGCAGAGUCUCACCUCAAAAUCCAGGGAGCUCUACCAGAAGACAGAGGAUGAAUCUUUCAAGGAAACAGCUCAAGAGGAACUGAAAACACAGUUUAAUGAUAUAAUCACCGUUUCCAAGGAAAAGAUGAGGAAAGUGGAAGAGAUUGUGAAAGAUCACCUCAUGUAUUUAGAUGCAGUCCAGGAAUUCACGGAUUGGCUCCAUUCAGCGAAGGAAGAACUCCACCGGUGGUCAGAUGUGUCUGGAGACUCAUCAGCCACCCAGAAGAAAUUGUCUAAAAUCAAGGAGCUGAUGGAUUCCAGAGAGAUUGGGGCAAGCCGCCGAGGCAGAGUGGAGUCGCUGGCUCCAGCAGUGAAACAGCACACAAGUGCCAGUGGAUGUGAGCUCAUGGACACGGAGAUGCAGGCCCUGCGAGCUGACUGGAAGCAGUGGGAAGACAGUGUACUCCAAACGCAGACCAGCUUGGAGAACCUGGUUAGCCAAAUGGCCCUUUCAGAGCAGGAGUUCUCGGGCCAGGUGGCUCAUCUGGAGCAGGUGCUGGAUCAGUUCAGUACCCUUCUGACAACUUGGGCCCAGCAGUUAGCCCUCCUGGAAGGCAAGAACACCGAUAAGGAGAUAGUGGAAUGUUGGCAGAAAGGACAAGAGAUACUGGAUGCCCUACAAAAAGCAGAGCCUAAAAUAGAGGAUCUUAAGUCUCAGCUGAAUGAACUUUGUCGAUUUUCCAGAGACCUCAGUACAUACAGUGGAAAAGUUUCUGGCUUGAUUAAAGAAUAUAAUUGGUGA